AUGCUCCGCUCCCUGGUGCCCCAUCUCGGCCGCGCCACCGGGCCACUGCCGGCCGCGCCGCUGGCCGCCACGGCCACCUUCCCGCAGCGCAACUACUCCUCCAAAAAGCGCAAGACCCCCAAGCCGCGGGUUGUGGUCCCGGCGCACCAGGCGCGCUCCACCAUGCCCGACCUGCCCGUCGGCAGCACGGCCAUCCCGCAGACCUUCUUCGAGCACCAUAGCGACCCGCUCCCGGUGCAGACCCCGGACUCGGCCUUCCCCUCGACCAAGGCUCGCUUUAUGGACUUCCUCAAGCGCUCGGCCGUGUCCACGGUGGCCUCCUACAGCAUUGCCUACGCGACGACGGCCGCGCUGCUGUAUGGCGCGCAGAAGGCCCACCUCCCGGUGGAGUCUCUCUACAUCGGCAUGGUGGAGAUCGGCCUGCUGGACCCGAAGUUGGUCAGUGCCACGAGCACCCCAGGCGAGCUUGUUCUGCUGGUCAAUGAUCGCCUGUUCCCCGUGCACUUGGGCUUCAUGGCGUUCGCCGUGCCGCGCAUCAACCUGCGGCUUUACUACCGGAAUUCCUUCGGUCUGGGCGGCGGCGGCGAUGCCCCCCCCACCAUGUGA